AUGGAAAAUGGAUUAUCUUUUGGAACAUGGAAUAUUCUCACACUUUUUAAACCUGAAGCAGUACAAUGCUUAGUUGAGGAGACAGAGAGAUAUAAACUAGGAGUGGUGGCCCUACAAAAGAUAAGAUGGAAUAAUAAAGGAACGCUAGAUAUUCAAGAUACAACGAUUUUCUACGGCGAAUGUAAUAAACAUCGUCAAUUUGGAACGGGCUUCGCAGUACAUAAAAACUUAGUACCUUCAGUAAGAGAAUUCAAAAUUAUUAACCCAAGAAUAUUAGUGUUAACAAUAGAAGCACAAUAUUUCGAUAUCACAUUCGUGAAUUGGCAUGCACCCACGGAAGAAAAAACGCAAGAGGAGAAGGGCGUAUUCUAUGGUAACUUGGAACACGCGCUAAACGAAAUCCCACGAAAUAGAAUUAGAAUAGUCUUAGGGGACUUCAAUGCUAAGUUAGGGAAGGAGAACAUAAUUCGAUCAAUGAUUGGUAUCCAUAGCCUUCACGAUGUAACUAGUGAGAAUGGACUGAGGCUUAUAGACUUUGCAAGUGGUGGAGGACUCAUUGUAAAGAGCACGAUGUUCCCACAUAAAGAUCUUUAUAAGGGUACGUGGAAGGCACCAAAUGGUAGAUAUGUCAGUCAGAUAAACCAUGUCCUGAUAAAUACUAGGUUCAAAAAUUGUGUACAUGAUGUUAAAACUGUAAGAGGUGCUGACUGUGAUUCAGACCACUACCUAGUUAAAGGAAAGCUGAAAGUAAAACUCAAAAAACUAAUACAUAGUAAAGGAACAUUAGUGGACAGAUUCGAUAUGAAUAAAGUAAAGGACACCAAUAUAUGUGAAAUUUUCAAGCAGCAAUUACAUGAAACUAUGAACAGUUUAAACAUAAAUCAAGAUGAGACAAUUGAUACAAAAUGGAAAGUGUUAGAAGAUGCUAUAAAAAUGGUCACAGAUACAGUAAAAAUAUGGCUCAUAGCAUACGCAGACGAUAUUGCUCUCUUAGGAAAUAAUAUUGAGAUGCUAAAAAGUCUGGGAAAGAAACUUAUAAAGGUCGCGGAAAAUGUAGGACUAACUGUUAAUGAUGAUAAGACAGAAUACUUGAUUGUCAUUAGAAAUAACAGAAAUUAUGGACUAGAACAACAUAUUGAGUUAGAAGGACAUACAUUUAGGAAAGUAUCACAAUUCAAAUAUCUGGGAUCGAUUAUUACUCAAGAUAAUUAA